AUGCUAAGAUCAAACGAUAUUCGAAAAUUAAUUUCAAAACCCUCAUUGAAAACUUCUCCAUUUGUUGUGAGAGCAAUUCUUUCAACUAAUUCUGUUAGAAACCUUCAAACUAAGCUUCCUGUUCAUACUGGCUUCUUUGAUGAUGUUGCUGGAACUUAUAAAACAUUGCAAAAUCCUCCAAACUUUGCAAAACAAUUCAAAUUAAGUAUGAAACCAUUCGAAUUCAGACAAGGACAACCUUUCUGGUUCUUUAACUUUGCAGGUGUUCUAAUCACAUCCUUCUCUAUUGCCUUUGGUUUCAUGUAUUUAAUGUACUUUAUUGUUUGGUACUUUUAUUCUAAUCCUUUCGUUCAAUCUCCAUUCAAUUUGUAUAAUCCUCAUCCAUUCUUGGAGAUUAGAAAUGGAAAAGAUGCAGCCAAAACCUAUGAUCCAUUGAGUAAAUUCUAUGUUUACUGGAGUCCAGCAAGAGGUGAAGAUAAAAAGACCAUGUUUUACAGAGAAUUAAAUUUGGCCAAGGAUCAUAGACUUUAA